AUGAAGGAACCGCGCCCUUCGCCAGAGCACGUCCGCGCCAUCUUCUUCGGCGCUUCGGUCCCCAAGCCCAAGCUUCUCUGGAUCCGUAUCCCGCAACACAGCAGCGGCGGCGACAUGUUCAACCUCAGGCCUGACGUCAUGCCGCUCCUCAUCAAACCCGGCGAGACCAAAUACACCUACGUCGGCCACUCCAUCAUCCAGCGCAACAUGCGAAUGGGCUCGGUGUACCCGGGCCGCGUGGUGCAGCUGCUGUACCGCGACAGCUUCCUCGAGGACGGCUCGCCCCGGUGCCGUGCCAUGCUGGCUGCGACCCAGCCUCACGGCCACCUCGAACACGACUGGCGAGGCCCGGUGGUGGCGUUGGCUAUGAAUGGACCUGAGUACCUUGAUGCGAACCCGGCCGACUUGCGGUCCGUCAUCGACUACUCGGUAUGGUACCAGCGCGGCAAGGCGCUGAACAAUGGCAAGGACGGCAAUGAGCAGCUUCUGGAGUUUCUUCCGAACCAUGGGGGUACAAAGAAGGUCUUCGUUGACCUUGGGUUGGGGGUCGCACAGCGUAACUUUCCCAAUGGCCCUCCACAGCAGUGA